AGAAGAAGAAAAAAUCGAAUGAUUCGAUAGAAAUUCGAUGGCCUUCCAGCAAUUGAUUGCUCUACUCCACGCCUGAAUCUAUGCAACGCUCCGGAUGCGACCUCCACUCACCCCAAGGGGUCGCAUUUUCAUUCAAAAUCUCGAAAACGGAAAUCGAAGCAACCUGGAAUUGAAUAGCUUGAAGAAGAAGAAGAGCUGGAGUUUUUUUUCGUGUUUCGUGUCGUGACCGUUUCUCUCUUUCUGUCGCUCUUUUUGAUGAAUGAUGUGUUGCGUAUGUGUUUGUGCACUGGAGCUAGACGUUGGUGUGCUGUUCGUCUGCGUGUGUGUGUGUGUAUAAAAAACGCGCGCACACAUGUGUAUGCGUGUAUGUUUUGUUGAUUCGUUUGGUCGCAUGUGUGAGUGUGUGUGUGUGCGUGCUUGUAGUUGCCAUCCUCUUCGUUCGAUGAUGUUUAUAUAGUACACACUGUACAGGAGUGUGUUGGUAGUGGUGGGUCGGUGCGUGGAUGCGGCGGUUCUCGCUCAAAACUUUACCCACAUUGCUAUAGAGAGUCGUGCGUGCUUGCCUUUGCGUGCGUGUCGCGUGAAACGCGUAUGGGAAGAAAAUCAACGUUGCCAAACAAUGCAAAUCUGUGAUUGCCGAGAAUUUUGGUACACGUAAAUCUAUUCCCUAGUGGGAUCAGGAACGGUGCCAAAAAGGGGAAAUGCAUUUUUGCUGGUCAAACACGACACUGUAAUGGCGGCCGAUAGUGACGGUGAUCAACAGAAACGGACAAACAGUAGUAGUAGCAAGCUUAGAAAUGCCGGAACCAAUGGAAACCGAAACAAAAGCUGCAAUAACAACAAAAUCAACAGUAAAAGUGUCAGUGAAGAAAAGCAAACCAAUCCUAGCACACUGAAGGCGGUUGUCAUAUGCGAAGGAAAUUUGCACGAUCCUGACUUUCCGACACGGCUCGAAAGCUUGGUGGAAAGUCUAGCAACGCUCGUAGAGGAAAAACAAACGGACGAUGGCAGCAAGGAGAAGCAGGACAGCGGCGGCAAGCUUACGGUCGAUAAGGUUGAACCGUGGAACAGUGUGCGAGUUACACUGUCGAUACCGAAGGAGGCUGCAAUACGAUUACGGCGACUUGCUGCCGAAGGUAACAGUGCGCUGCGGGCCCUUGGCAUCCUGUCCGUACAGCUGGAAGGAGAAACGGUACUGUCGUUGCGGUUAGCCGGUCAGCAGGAAAUUGUUUUGCGGACGGAUAACUCAACGCUCGAUGGUGCGGUUGCCGGGAGCAGUAGUGGAGUUGGAGCUGGUGGUUUGGGCGAAUUAACGCGGGUACUGUCCCAGCAACAGCAACAGCAUCAAGCUGUUGCUGGCUUACAUCACCAAACUCAAUCCCAUUCUACUACGGGGUUACAUCAACCUCAAGGCGUCUAUGUCCAGUCAAUACCGCCGCCGCCACAACAACAGCAGCAGCACCACCAACAACAACAACAACACCUUCUUCACCUGCAACAACAGCACCAUCUCCAGCUACACCACCAGCAGCAACAGCAGCAGUUGCUGCACCAUACAGCGGAUGGUACUCCUGGUCCCAGCACCUCCAAGAUCGGCCACUCGAAUCUGCCGAAAACUCUCAGCAAUGGUCCUCUGCCACUGGAAACCACCGUCGGCGUUAGCAGUGGCGGAGGCACUGGUGGGCCAGCCGUUAUGUUCAAAUCACCCAACACAAUCUGCCCGAUGGACGGCAAGGUUCCCGCCCAUGUGCCAAAUGUGGUUGACGCCUGCGAGUAUCCCUUCGAAAGCAUGACACAGGCAAGGGUGAUACAGCGGCGCGAGAACACGCUCGGAUUGGGUGGCAGCAGCGGCGGUAGUGGUGUAGCGGUAACGGCCGGUCCCUCCCUAGCCACGGUUUCCGGUGUCGGCGUUGGCACGCUGGCUAAGCAACCAUCCAAUGGUCCGUUUGCCGUGGCGACCGCCAAUCCAAUCCAAACACCCCCACCACCAUAUCAAUCCGCGGUUGGCGCCGGAAGCGUUUUAGUGAAGGAUAAUGCCGUCGUACCAUCUUCGGCGGCUGCGGCGGCGGCGGCGGUUCAAGUGGGCACUGCUGGCAACAAUGUGGCCAUGUCCAGUCCUUUGUUGGUGAAUUUGUUGCAAAAUGAAAACAACCCGCAGCAACAGCAAACUGUUUCACCGCAACAGCAACAGCAGCAGCAAUUAAUGCGUGGCGUCGUAGGUCAACCUAUCCUCAAGCAGGAAUUGUUGAUAGCCAGUGGCGGUGCGACGGGGAUCGGUGGUGGAGCAGGUGUGGUGAAAGGUGGAGUCAUUCCAAACAUGCCGCAGUCGGCAGUGCCAACUACGGCUGCACUGUUGACGCAGCAGCAGCAGAGUGUUGUUGCUGGUGGUAGUUCGGUGUCGAACGUGAUGAGUGACAAUGAUCCGAGUGCGCACGGUGUUGUUAUGGGAGGUGGAAACCUUAAGAGUGUUAGCGCUGUUGUAAACCAGCAAGCGGGUGUGAAUCAGCAACAGAAUAUAGUGCAUCAUCCAGUGAUUGGUGGCGCGGCACCGACGAUGGUCACGUCCAUGGUUUCGGGACGAGCAACGGCAGUGUCGGCCGUUGCUCAGCAGCAGCAACAGUUGACCUUAGUGAAUAGUAGUAGCCCAUUGCGUGGAUCUGCUGCGUCCACGACAGUGCCGGGUGUGUCGAGCGCGAUGCUCAGUAGUGCUAGUGGUGUGAAUAGAAUUAACAAUCUGACUCCAGCGGCGGUAACGACGACGGUCCUACCACCAGCGAACAACAGUAAUGACAGUAACGGUAACAAUCAGAGUGCGUUGAGUGUGUCGCCUUCUUCUCUAGUAACUCCACCAUUGUCAGUGCCUUCAAAUAGUAGCAGCAGCGUCAACGCCGCCUCCGCUACCAUGAACACGAUUAAGCUGCAACGAUACAGUCUCGUGCCGGGUGGACCGCCUACCAGCGGUGUAGGAGUGGCUAUGGGCUUGGGUCCCGGCAUAAGGGCUCCCCAGCAGCUGCAUCAACAGCUCGGCGCCACAAACAGCAUUCGAGCACCUGUGAUGGGUCCGUCGCACAGCCAUCCUCAGGUAAUGCGGCCACCCGCCUCUCCGGCGACGUUCCAGCUGCAGGACCAACUGCAAAUGCAGCAACCACAACAUUCCCAGCAACUGAAUCGUUUUCCGAUUCAACAACAACAGCAACACCAGCAACAGCUACCGUUUCGACAGCCAAAUCCAAUGCCACUACCGCCUCAGCAGCAGCAGCAGCAGCAGCAGCAACAGUUGCAACAACAGGGUCAGCAACCGGUUGUUGGAUAUACUCAACGAUGGCCGACGCUGCCAAUGGAUUCGGCCACCAAGUCGGGAUACCAGGAGUUUGCACGCUUUCAGAUGCAGUACAAUCUCAGUCAGCAGCAAUUGAAUAAGCCCAGCAGCAGUACGGCCGUUCUGGGUCCGAUCGAUGGAACAACAAUCGCGUCAGCAACUGGGUCGACGAAUGUUGGUUCCGAUCCGCUGGAACUAGGCAACUGUCUGGUGGAUCUGCCAGAUUUAGCGAAAAAUGAUCUGGACUCGUUACUACCAAGCGAUCUGGACAGUAGCGCAUUUCUCGACACGAAGCUGGAAGAUCUAGACGAGCUGGAUCUGAUGGAUCAUCAUCAACAACAGCAGCUUGGUACAGCUACGGGUGAUAUGGCAACGGCCACCGGCACACUUCUCGGUGGCGCGGCCGGCAACAACAGCUCGUUAGUGUCGGGUCUCUCCGUUGGAAUGCCCGGCAUGGUGGGAUCAUCGGGCGUCGCUACAUUGACCGAUGCACAAACGCGCGAACGUCGAUGGAAGGCGCAACUGUUGAUCAAUCCACUUACGGGCGAGCUGGAAGAAACGCAGGUGGAAGACCAUGGCACCGAAGAGGCGGAAAAGGACGGAAAGCUGGGAAGGAUCAACGCCGUUCGCACGAACGAUUUCCCACCGGAAGUACCGAAUUCAUUGUACUCGGACGAGGAUACGACUGGCAGUGCUGGAGGGCUAUCUUCUUCGCGGUUCUUCUCCGAUGCGAGCGAUUCGGAUCGUCCUUCACCGCUGGCUGGGUUGGCAGGCGCGGAGGGCAUCCCUUCCACGGGUGUCCCGUCAACGUCUAUUGCUACUGGCGGCAUUUCUAUGCCACAGGCGACGGCCGCGGGUGGUACUCCAGGCAAACCCGGCAAGGUGAAGAAGGAACGCGCGAAACCAGUCAAAGGCAAGGACAAGCAGAAGGCAGCAAUAUCGUCCAAGGACAAAACGAAAGAAAGGGUAAAAGCGUCGCUAAAGGCAGUCGUUAAGCAAAAGGCAAAAGUGCUUGCCACGCCCGUGCUGCUGGUGGAUGGAACCUUCGGACCUGGUGAUUCGCCGAGCAAAAAUGGAACCGAACUGAAGCUUCGACUAAAGCUAGAAAAACCCGAAUCUGUGGCAGUGCGUGCGGGAGGUGCAGGAAUGGGCGCGUUGUCAACCGUUGCGACACCUGCUCCAGUUGACAGGUUAACUCCGGACAGUGACGGAGCUGCUUUGUUGACAUCCUUGCAGCUCAAUCCUGCUACAUCGCAGCAGUCUCAUCAGACGCUUGUUGGUACCUCAGUGUCUGCUACAGCCAGUGCCGAUGCGGGAAAUAUCACCAUCUCCAGCAAUGUUGCCACUACAUCUGUUUCCUCACUUGUUGCUGGUAAUAGCACAAACAGUAUCGGCGGUCCUGUAGGGCAACCUUCUUCUAGCGCAUCAGGUUCGGAAGAGCUGCGAGUGCCACCGCUACACAUCAGCUUACGGGGGAAGAAUUCUGUGGUGAUAAAGAAUUCCCGCAAAGAUCGUAAGAAAAGUCAAAGCGGUGGUGAAGAGGACAGUAGUGACGGCGGCGGUGGGCUAGCGAAACGGUCCUCCACCGGCAAACGUAAUCCAAUCGAGCUGAACGCUCCCGCAUCAUCCCCACCUGCUUAUCACAAUCAUAUUGGAACGUCCGAGACGGGGACUGACGCAGGAUGUGAUACACUGCUUGGCUCAUCUCAGAAGCGCCCAGCAAGCAUGGAAGGAACGAGUGACAGUGGUUCGGGAACCACCGGCUCCACGAGCCACUAUCCGAACGGGUACGUUUGCCCGGAAAAGAAACGAAGGCUCAGUAAUGGUGGUAGUGCCGUGAGCUUAACUGCUGCCGGUGCCAUUGCGCCACAAGGCACACUGCCUAACGCGAUGAGCAGUAGCACUGCGGCAGAAGCAAUGACCACCCCCAGCACCGUCACCACCAGUGUGCAGGAAAUAAAUGAUAUCUACGAAUCGAUCGUGACGACCAGCGUCAGUGGACCGAUCGGUUCGACCAACGUCGGUACAGUAUCUCCUCCUACGUCUAAUUUGCUCCAGUCGGCUGCAAAAAACUGCAAGAGCUCCGGUGCGAACAAUGCUAACAGCAACAACAGUAACAACAGUGGAGGCAACAACAUCAACAAUAACAAUAUCAACAUUAACAAUAAUGGUGGCAGUUAUGGUAGUAAGGGCCAGAAGAACCUGGUCGUUAAAGCAACGUUGGUGGAUGUCGGGAGUGCCGGGGGGAGCACGGGAACAAUCGCUGCCCAAGUGACGGCUGACGCGACGGACGCGAGUAGUAGAGGCGAGCGUGUCGCGGCGACAACAACCUUAGCAGUAGCAUCGUCAACAUCACCUUCAUCUUCAGUAAAUUCCAUUACUACUACCGACACCAGUUCCAUCAUCACCAAAACCUCCACCACAACCACACCAACAUCUACCUCAAGUGAGAGAUCCUCCCUGAACGUGGACAGUCAAACGCGCGGCGAGGAGCAAACACAGCAAGAAAACACGAACACCAUCCUACAUCACGAUCGUCAGCAUCACCAACACCAUCAACAACAACAACAACAACACCAUCAUCCGGAUCAGUUGCAGGAGGAGCACCAUAGUAGUAGUAGCAAUAAUAAUAAUAAUCGACCACCGGAGCAACUGCUUGCGGACGAACCAUCAUCGCUUCAGGACGAUGGAGGGAAAGAGAAAAGCAAAACCGACAGUACAGAAGGAGCAACAGCCGAUGCGGAAAAGGGAUCAUUGCCUCACUCUCCCGCGACAGGAGCAACACUGUCAGCGACGGCGGUGGCGGCGGCGGCGGCGUCGUCGUCGAGUGCAGCGAUCGUCGGCGUAAAUCAUCAUCUGCUCGGGCAUGCGAAUGUCCGAGGUUCACCAGGAUCUCAGGCACAAGGCGAGGACAGUGGCAUCGAGUCGAUGGAUGCGCUGUCGGAGAAAAGUCCCCACCAACUCUCCACGCACAGUCCGCAGGGUUCGCACAGUAGUAGCAGCAGCAGCAGCAGCAGCAGCAGCAGUAGCAGUGGUAGUGGUAAUGGAGGGUCUGCUGCCGUCGGCAGCGGCAACAGUAGCAGUAGUACAAACGCGAGUAAUAACCUUGAUGGAAAGCAAACAUCCUCGGGCAAGAUUCAUGCCGAAGGAAAUGGAAGUAAUAGCGGUGAGGUAGAUAAAAGCACACCCGAAAACCAAAAAACAACUCCAUUGCUGGAAACGAACCUCGAGGACUAUAACGACAUAGAGGCAGCACUGGCAAAGAUGGAAGGUUUGAAUGACCUUGCGGCCGUGAUUAGCUGCGGUGGAGAUGGAGCUGACGCAAAGCUAAACGGAGAUCAUUCCAUACAUCUGAAACCUUCCAGUGAUAUGCUCGAUCAUCAUCAACACAAUCAUCACGACGAUGUGCUGGAGAAUGUGCUGGACCAGACGACGAACCUGCGGAAGAUCCUCGACAUGGAUGACCUAGAAGAGGAACGAAAGCAGCAGAGUAUUAUUGAGAAGGACGUCGACGCCUCCACACACACCAAACAAGUCACUCGGCAAGCGGAGCACGACGCACAGAAGCAGCAGCAACAGCAGCAACAACAGCAGCAGCAUAAACAGCAACAACAGCAGCAGGAAUCGGGCACGACGGGCAAGAAGAAGGCCGUGGAAAAGCGUGCAAAGGUUUCGUCUGUUGCCGCCGAUAGAGAAAAGCAGAAACUAAAGGAGCUUGUCGGCAACAACAACCAGCCGGAAGAGGGGCGCAAACUAUUACUGCCCGCACUCGAUUCGAAAGCGCUUGAAGGUAUUGCAGAUACAAGCGGUGACGUAGCCAACGUUCCACCACCGGCUAACGAUGAAUGCUGCAACCAUAGUAAAGAUAUCCCUAAAAGUGUGAAAAGCGAAUGUGAUAGUAAGGUAAUAGAGUUAGUGGACGAUAAGCAACACCUAGUUAAGUCUGAUCCCGACGAGGCUAUCGUUAGUAGUGUAAAGAAGAGUUUAAGAAAAUCUUCUGACGAACGGCAGUCAGUUACCACCACCACGGCUAACACACAAGCUGCGGUUGUUGUUGCAGCUGCUGCUACAGUUGCUUCUGUUACUGUGAAGCACGAGCCGUCACCAGCACCACGCACUCCACCAGCAACAUUGAAGGUGGAACCGGAAAGUCCCGGGGAGCACAUCGAUUUGAAACCACGCCACGAGCAACCUCCUCUGUACAGCUAUUCCAGUGAAAAGGCGCGCGAACGCCGGACGGCUGCGGCGGCCAGUGAUGGCAGCCAGUCCCAGGCGGGGAACGGCGUUGUUGCGAGAUCGCGACGAAACUCUUCCGUGGCAUCAUCGUCGGCAGAGGGAAAUGAUGCCAAUGUGACGGUGGACUCUGAAAACGAGUCAUCGAGCAAAGCGAAAACACCGGCGAACAGUGCCGUUGAGCAGGAUACACCAGCUACACGAACUGCUGCGAAAGCCGGGAAUGAGCAAUCGCCAACGUCUGAACAGCAACAACAGCAGGGGAAAGAGAUAUUGACACAACUGUCGAUAGAAAUUCCAUCCCAUUCGGACAGUGGCGAGCAUCGAAUAAGGACACGUGCCUCGAGCAAACUGGAGAGUCCUCUCGAACUUCCACCAAAGCAGAGCCCUUCCGCUUUGCAUGAGUUGCACGGGUCUGUUGCAGCCGGAGCAAACAGUGGCUCCAACACACCGGCGGGCCCUCCAAUAUCUGCAUCAUCGAAGAAUGGAGCUACGACAACAACGGUGGGCAAUGUGAAAUCGAAUGCAGGAAGUAGUGCGUCUGCUGGCAAUUCUGCUCCAACAACAUCCAACACGGGUGCCGGAAACGAUCGCCAGAGUCCAAAAUCGGGCUCAAUUGCUACACGGCCCGGAGCUGCUGCCAACAAACGAAAACGACAGGGAUCGGAAAGUUCGAAUCAAUCUGGCGUUAGCGACGAUGUGCCGACACGUGCCAAGAAAUCCCGUAAGGCGACGACGGUUUCUGCCGCAGCUGCGUCCUCCGACGCGGCUACGACAGCUCUAUCAGAUACACCAUCGAAGCCCGCAUUACGAAGAUCCGCCGAAAGCUCGCUCACCAAGGGUCGCGUCUCGAGAAAAACGGCUGCAGCAGCUGCUGCGGCGGCUGCUGUUGCUGCUGCCGCCGCCAGCACCCCAACAACAACAACAACAACAACAGCAGUAACGCCACCAACAGUAACGAUUGUUGCCGAUUCAUCGGAUAGCGACGAACCUUUGAUAGAAAUCGCGGGUAAAGCUCGACAUUCUAAACUAACCUCCAAAAUCAGCUCAACUUCUAGUACUACUAGCAAUGCAACAACAGCUACUACUACUACUACUACUACAACUAUUACUACUUCCACUACUACCAUACAAUCUUUUACCGCUACUUCUUCUAUUACUACUUCUACUCUCACCUCUGCUACUACCGCUACUACUGCUACCACGACCAUCAAUACUAUUCGCAACAAUACCACCACUGUCAACAACAACAAUACUUCGACUACAAAUUCUGCUUCAUCUUCCUCAACCUCGUGUAAAACCUUAGCCGCCGCUGCUACUUCCGGCGAGAAAAAUGCCGUGUCCGCCACGAUCGCAUCCCUGCAAGGUGCCAGCGAAAGCGUGCCGUCGUCGGUCGGUGGUGGUGGUGAGAAAGAAAAAUCGCUUCGCAAUCAUCCAACCAAGAGUGGCGUCAAGCAGUCGUCUUCCGUAGCAUCAUCAUCGUCGCCAGAUCAAUUGCCGAGUUCCGGAUCAGUCGCAUCUGCCACCACGGUUAGCAGCGGUGGUACUGUUGCUGGCAGUAAUGGUCCUACGAGCAACGCGCAUGCAUCACCCGACAGUGACAGCCGACAGACGGCGGCGGUUCCGGCCCCUGCCACAAAUGUGACGGUUGCAUCAGCUGGUACCGAUGAGAAAAUCAGCACACGGCGCAGUGUCCGCAUGACCUCUUCGACACUGUCUACGGCGGCCAUGAACAACAAGGCAAAGGCGGCUGCCAAUGCAUUACUGUUGCAGAACACCACAACGCCGACGUCAACGCCAACUACCGCUACAACCAACCACAACCUCGACAGUAACCAUCACGGAAACGCCACCGGCCAUAGCAACCAUGUCACUGUGAACGAUGUUGCAGCAGGAGGCGGUGGUUCACCCGUCGCUUCGGCCGGUGCAGGAGGUGGUAAUGUUGUAGCUGUCGGUCAGGGUGGUAAUGGUGGAUCUCUGGCUGCUACGAGUGCUACGCUGGCAUCAUCCGGUGGAGCCAACGGUAAUCACACCAACGCUAGCAGCAAGGUAGCAAAUCACGUGAAUCACCAUCAUCAUCACCACGUUAGCAGUGGUCUGAAAGGAGCCGGAUCAUCGGUUGGUGUGGAUGGUAAAACGGCCGCCCUGGCAAAUGCUGCUAGUGGUGGUGGUACUGCGACACCAGCAAUUGAAAACAAUUCCGUGACGGAACUGCGCCGAAAAACGAGGAGUGCAGCUGGCCUUGAAGUGACCGUUACUGAGGGGCGUCGGAGAAGGAUCUCACGAGACAGUAAGUGACCAAUAGCUUGCGCCUCAGCCGUUAGUGACGAUGACAAUUACUAUCGGCGUAGGCCUGAAGGUAGCAUAAACGAUUCUUCCAACCUCUGCGUUGAUGACCAUCAUCGUAACACUCCGGUGACCAGUUCCGCUAACCGAGCCGAGUCGGACUCUUCACCGGAAAGCUUUGUUGUGGUGGAAAGUGAAGACGGUGCGGAAAAUGGAGUGUACUACAGCCACCCGGACACCGCGAACGGCGAUGAUCGCAACGAUAAUGAUGACGGAAUCUGGCAUGUCAGUAAGAAGAACUUACACAAUGUUGUCGACAUACUGCAUACAGCUGAGACGCAAACACCGCCACGACGCAAGCAAACGGUGUUGAAGCGGUCGUCCAUCAAACGGCCAUCGGAAAAUGGGUCGUCGUUGGUGAGUGGAGGUGGCGCUUCCUCCACCUCGGCGACGAUUCGCGGUGACACAAGUGUUGUUGGUCCAGGUGACCGAACUAAAGCGCCAUCGGCAACAACGGCAGCAGCGACAACAGAAGCCGGCGUUGGUGGCAACAACGAUCUUGACGAUGAUUCGUAUGCGAGCGAAAUCAUUCUCACCACCAACAGUGACUGUAGUUUGGAUGAGUUUGUGUCCUCGGAUGACGACAGCAAUCUGGAGAUAUCGGUGGUAACUAUUUCCUUGUAUUGAACCUGAACCAGGGAGGAUAGAACGAAUGACUGGGCGUAUCGGGAGGGGGGUAGAGACAAAACUUUUAUUUUGCUUCAAGGGAUGGGAUCGAGUUUCCAUACCGCUUUUGUUGUCAGAGCUCUAGUGCGUUUUUAAGUGUGAUUCCGGACUUUAUUUUGAUGUGACAAUUUUUGACAAAUUUUCCUGUUUUUUUAACUUGCUCUUUGUGAAUCCUGUUCUGUUCUCAGUGUGUCAUUCUGGUUUGGACCCUUUCUAUAUGUAUAUUUAUAUUUUUCGUGUGUUAUGAGAAAUUUUGAAAAUUUUAUUUUCAUUCAGGGAAAAGUAUUAGUGAAGGUCCUUUUCCUCAUCAGGGAAACAUUAACAAUUUUGAGCGAAGCCGCGCCUUGCAGUACAUCUUACAAACGAAAUUUAAUACAACAUUGGCUAGCGUAUGCAAUGGGCGCAACAUGCUUACACAUAAGAAUGCUGUUGUCUAAAAAAGUGUCUUAUAUCUAACAGGUAGUGGAUAAGAAUCAAGAGAGAGAGAGAGAAAGAGAGCGAGUGUGUAAAGUGUUUAUUUUCAGAAGGUCCACAAAAAAUGAGCAAAAACCAAGAACCAAGCUAGAAAAGUACGCGGCAACAGAUGGAUUUUUUGUUUGUGUUUUUUAUGAGAAUUGCUCGUUAAUGUGUUUAAGUACCUGGUUUUGCUUUGGCAAUACACUGCAGUAAAGGUUGAUUGUGAGAGCUUUACUUUCCAGGAUGAUGGAAAUCUCGUUGUAUUUAAUUUGUCCUUCCGGGCUUGCUAUUACACACGGUAUUUGGAAUAAUCUGUCUUUAGUAGCACGAAACCCCUCUACAUUUUGAUCUCAAGGAUUUGUCUUGUUUUUGUAUUUGUUAUGGCUUUGUUUAGCAACACUAACAAGCAAACACAAACCCACACACAUUACACACAGAACAAACAGGAGAAGAAAUAUUUUGCGGAAUCACACACUCUCCGUACUGUGUAAAGAGGGAAGGAAUGGGCAGGUGUUCAUUCCUCCGUUGCAGAAUCACACACACACACAGUAAGGUACGCGCGUUGCACUGUUGCUAAACAUUAUAAACAAAACUAAUCACUCGAAUCGUUUGUCAUUAUACGAACAUGUGCAAUAAAUAAAAUCCCUCGCUAAGGGGGUUUAUUCGGCUAACCGCCACGCAACACACGGAUGAGGUACGAGAACUUUGUUUGAAACGAGUGCCGUUUUCCAGAACAAAAUGUCUCAAUGCUGUGUGGAAAGUGGUCGAAGUUAGGGAAGAAAAGUGUCGGAACAAGCGGGAGGAAAGGAUUCGUAGGAAGAGAAGAAAUACAAAUAAGAAGUAAUAAGAGUAAAACACACCUACACCCAAAUAUACACACACACACACACACGUCCACAAUUCUAGUACACAGACACAGAAAGACCGCAGCAACACCACGAGAUAUGCUUGCUUUUAGUGCACAGUUUAAGAAGCGGAUUUUAUAGAACGAUGAUAGUUUAAAAUAAUUUAUCCGUAUUAUGUUUAGUUGAAUGCGAAUGUGUGUCUGUGUGUGCGUGCGUUGAGUGCGUUUAAACGCGAAAGCAGAUGUAGAGUUAGUUGGCGAUUUCGUCGGUGCAUCGGAGUUAGUCAACCGCAGUCAGUCAGCAAGUCAGUCUAGAUGAAAAGCGCGCUAGUGAUCAAGGAUCGUUCUGAUGUACGGUGUAUGACGAUGAAAGACAAUGACAGGAGAGGAGAGCGAGAGAGAGAGAGAAAGCGAAAUAGAAAGGGGAUUUAUAUAUAUAUGGGGCGGUAUUGCUAUUGAAUGCAGGAAUGCUGCAGAGCUUAACAUUUGAUUGUAUAUAUAGAAAUUAUUAUGACGUAUAGGUGCACAGCAACACACGUAAUAUUGAAGAUAUCCGUACCUAAGGAUGGACACUGAGUUUUCCACCAACCCUUUCUUCCCCGUUCUACGUUUAGUGAUCAGUAUACAUACACAAACACCCGGACAAAUAGGCAGACCAGAUAGACACAUACAAGCGGGCUUCAUAACACGCGUGUCCUACUACUCUAAACCAUUCGUUCACAACAGAACAGAAGGCCGACAGUAUCUACGCCCGUGCACAUUUGUAUAGUAUGUUGCAAGUAGAGAAGUCCGAGACACACACACACACAGAUACCCAGACGUACGUACGCACUUACCCAGAUCCGUUUAAUAUAUGACAUGUGGUUAGGCGCCGUAUAGGGAAGAUAAUAAGUAGGUUUAUUCACUUAGUUAAGGAGCUGCGUUCGCAGGAUUUUCCUCGAUUGAUCGUACUGUGUUUUGUUCCGGUCGCUGCUUAUUACACAUACACACACAUACACACAUUUUCUCGAUUGUGGAUCUUGUGCUGCUUGCCAGUACACUGAUCGUGUGUGGAGACUUCUCUGCUAGGCGCAAGACUUUAUUCGCCAAGGCCAGCUAGUACCGCUUGAGGAGCGGCAUGGCGAAUGUAGUGCUCUCUAUAUAUUUUAACCCGUUCCGAGUGAAUGGUUGGUUUGGAGGUAGGCUUCCGAUGGUUUGUUUACACAGAAAGGCACUGCUUCUUUGAAAGAUUUCUGUGCGUGUGUUUUUUUUUAUGUUAGCCCACGGCUGGUAAGAUCGGACCAAAAACCAAGAGCAUUAAACAAUUCCCGGUUGAGUUGUAGGAUUUAGCUAGGUGAUGGAUGAAAGUUGCCCCCACUAUACUGUUUGUGUAGAGACAGCCCCUAAUAUCAACGGUACACCAGUUUGAAAGCCUGUGAAGAGAAAGAGCAUAGGUAGUGGCAUCCCAGAUUGUUGAUCGUGUAGUGUUGGGCGCUGGUUUUCAUUGAAGUUUUAUGUUGCUUGUAAAAUAUAGGUUUUCUUUGCCAUACACAGCGCACACCAAACUCUCUCGUGAAGCAAUACAGCUCUUUUUAGCAUACCUCAGACAGGGCAGAAGGACCGGGAAAUGUGGAAGCUAACGUAUGGUGCAAGGCUGAUGGCUGAUGUAUAUGCCGAAAUUAACAUUCACAAGAGAGGGAAAAAACACACACAUUAGCACCGCUCCCACAACACCCCCAACGAAAAGGAUAAUCUAAACACACGGUUUGUGCAUAUUUAUGUAUGCGAUAAGUAAAAUCGAAAAGGACCUGCAAACCGAAAAACACGAAGCGACGAAUGGUAAAUAAGCAACACAAGCAACCUUGUAUUGUAAGUAUGAUAAUACAAACGGUACCGUACACAGCAGAUAGCCUAGAAGCGAUAGAAGAUGAGCAAGGAACUGCAAGCAGUGCAAGUAAGUCCCCCGUGAAAAGUACGUACACUCUCUCGGAUACAAAACCAUACGACACAUUCACGCAUCCCCGUUUUUCCCUUAAAAUCCACUUCCCCUGCCACCUUCUCCAAAAGAAAAUCAGCAAGUGAAAGUAAAGAAAAAACAUUGUAAUAUUUGUAGAUUUGUUUGUGAACAGGUUGAUAAUCUAAGCUCUAUACAUAUAAAUAUUGUUGAAUAGAUAUAUCAUACAAUUGUGUUAAAAAAGAAAA